UUUACUCAACAAGUCCCAAGUCGCUUCUUUGCCGGUUGUCGGAUGACUUCCGGGCAAUUAUUUAUUUCUCUCCACGUGUUGGGCGAUUCAAUCGGAAAUUUUGACGUGAAACACUCACACACAUACAUCUAUUUACAUCUCUAUAUAAUUAUCGCCUCUUGUUUUUUUUUCUGUUUGAAAUAACACAGUUAUGGAAUCAGUCGUUAUUGUCGCUGCAGCUCGCACUCCCAUCGGUUCCUUUAAUGGUAGUUUUGCCACGAUUCCAGUGGUAGAACUCGGUGCCAAUGUCAUUAAAAGUAUCCUUGAACGGUCAGCUGUAAAGCCUGAAGAUGUAUCAGAAGUUAUUAUGGGAAAUGUCUACACAGCAGGUGAAGGAGCAAACACUGCUCGUCAAGCGAGUGUCAAAGCUGGUUUACCUUAUUCCGUCCCAGCCUGUUGCAUUAAUAUGUUGUGUGGCUCCGGCUUACGAUCUGUUGUGAUGGCUGCUCAAGCGAUUAAAGUUGGUGAUUCUAAUAUUGUCAUCGCAGGAGGAAUGGAGAGUAUGAGCCGGGCUCCGCAUUGUACUCACAUGAGGACUGGAACUAAGAUGGGAGACAUUAACAUGGUAGACACAGUUUUGAAGGACGGUUUAAUUGAUCCUUUUUACCAAUAUCACAUGGGUAUAACAGCUGAAAAUGUUGCCCAGAAAAUGAACGUAUCUCGUUCUGAACAAGAUCAAUUUGCCGUCCUAUCUCAACAGAAAUGUGAUGCUGCCCAAGUCUCAGGACAUUUUAAGAAAGAAAUUGUUCCUGUUAGUGUCAAGACAAGAAAUGGAGAAUUAAUCGUUGACAAAGAUGAAUUUCCUCGACCCAGCUCUACAACUGAGGCACUGGCUAAACUAAAACCUUGCUUCGUAAAAGAGAAUGGAACAGUUACUGCUGGGAAUGCUUCUGGAAUUAACGAUGGUGCUGCUGCUGUGAUGUUGAUGUCGAAAACAGAAGCCAUUGAACGAAGAAUGAAACCACUUGCUCAAAUAGUGUCUUGGGCCCAGGCUGGCAUUGAUCCUUCAAUCAUGGGCACUGGACCAAUACCUGCUGUUCGAAAAGCUCUUCAAAAGGCAGGUUGGAAUAUGGACAGUGUGGAUGUUUUUGAGUUAAAUGAGGCAUUUGCAGCUCAGUCCUGUGCUGUCAUCAAAGAAUUACAAUGUGAUCCUAAGAAAGUGAAUCUGUGUGGUGGAGCCAUAUCAUUAGGUCACCCCCUGGCUGCCUCAGGAACUCGUAUCCUAGUCACAUUAUUAUACAACAUGCAACGGCUUCAGCUGAAACGAGGUGUUGCUGCCCUUUGCGUUGGAGGUGGCAUGGGUAUUGCUAUAUGUGUGGAAGCUGUUUGAGAAGUUCUUUUGCCUUAAAUAUCUCUGGAAAUUUACCUGAAUAUGUGUGCUCUCUCUUUGUCUCUCUCUCUCUCUCUCUCUCUCUCUUUUCAUAUAUAUAUAUAUAUAAUUCUUUCAUAAAAAAUAUGAUAUAUAUUUAUUGCAUAUUUUUCUUGCUAUUAUUAUUAUUAUUAUUAUUACUUUAUAAUAUGGAGUGCUAAAAAUGGUUGUAUCAGACAAAAUGCCUUACAAUAUUUACUUUUCAUUCUUUCUGUAUUUGGAAUUUAAAGACUCACUACUAAUUUGCCUUUCAUCCCUCUGCUAUCAGUACCAGAUGUAUACUAGGGUUGGUUCAGUUAAUUAUACACCUCCACUACAAGUCUGUGUCAUUAUACUUACAUAUGUUCAACAUUCAGCUGCAGAUGCGAUACUUGGACCCAUCAUCAACAUUGUAUCCUAGGAUCACUGGGUGUUUCAGGUCUUCUAACAUACACCCACAAUUAUGUGGUCCGAACAAAGAUGAUCAAGCCACAACCCAAGUACCUGACAUAUACUAAGGGCUAAUUCGGUUCAUUAUACUCUUCCACUGCAGAUUUAUGGCACUGCACCAACAUAAGCAGUUUUUAUGUAAAAUUUAAUUAACUAUAUUUUGGUUUAUGUUACUUACAUGAUACUAAUAAAUAUGAAAUUUAUACAAAAUCUCCUUGAAACACUGUUCUAAGGUUAAUCUGAUUGUUUUCUCACUUUUCCUAAUUUUUUUUAAUGUCUAUUUUUCCAUGCUUGCAUGGAUCAGAUGAAUACAUUAGAACAGAGUAUAUGAAUAGCAGUGUCAUUGUUUGCAACCAAUAAACAUAUACGAAGGUAAAGAUAAGUACAAACAUACACACACACACAGUACAUGUUUGACCUAUUUCUCCACUCACAAGACUAGUUGAUCUGAAGCUAUAGAAGAAGACAGUUACUCAAAGCGGCAUGCAGUGGGACUGAGCCUGAAACCAUGGUCUUUGGAAGUGAUCCUCAAAUUUAUUCCCAUUAUUACCAUAACCCUUUAUCUUGUGUGUGUGAGAGAAAUUGCAUUGAAAUGUAUUGGGAGAAAUGCCUCUCUCAUUCUAUCUGUUUCAUGUUCCCUCUCACACACACACAGUCCCUUCCUUGUAUAUUGUCUUCAUUCUUGUCUCUAAGCUUACCAUUCUCUUGUUUAGUCUUUCCAAUAAAGGUACUGUUAUUUGUAUCUUUUAUUAUUUAAAAACCCGUUUUCAUCCCUCCAUCUACGAGUGGUGUGUUCAUUAAAGAUUUCCCCUGACCCACUUCCCAAGAACUGGGAUAAAUGAAACUUGGCAUAAUUAUUAGUCCUUCCCUACAUGGCCACCACCGAUGGUGACACACUUCUCCCAUCACUAUAUGCAGCUGUGAAGACCUCGUCUGUAGAAGUUGGUAGGUUGUGUCUGGAGCCAAGACUUUACCUUGGAAACAAGUUCAUUAUCAUCUGAAAAGUGGUGGAAGUCAGAUGGUGCAAGGUUGGGAGAGUAAGGGGGAUGAGGAAGGAUUUCAUAGCUGCUGGAGUGUGCUUCAUCUGGGCAACAUGCACAUUGCAAACUGAGGUGUUGUCUUGGAGGAGAUGGACUCCUUUUGUCAGUUUGCCAUGCCUCUCUGCUUUAAUGGCAUCUUGCAAUUUCUGCAGCAGAAAUAUACCUCAUUAACUGUGGUGUGCUUUGCCAGAAAAUCCAUCAUCACAACUCCACGCUGGUCCCAAAAGACUGAGCACCACCUUGCCUGCUGAGGGUUGGACACGAGCCUUCUUUGAAGGUGGUGAGUUAUCAUGCUUCCAUUGCUUCAACUAUAGUCUCAGAAUUAUAGUGAUGUAUCCAUGUCUCAUCUUGUGUGAUAAGACUGCUGAAAAAGUCUUCGUUUUCUUGGCACGUUGUCAAAAGAGCCUGGGAGCAAUUGACUCGUUAAAGGUGUGAGUAUCCGGGGAAUCUACCAUGCAGAUAACUUCCACGUGCAAAUGGUCAUGAAUCAUUUUUUUUUCCCACAGACCCUACACUUGUCUUCACUUCUUGCGCUAGUUGCCAAAUAGUUAUGUGGCAAUCCUCCAAAAUGGCAGCUUCCACUUUAUUGAUGAUGUCAUCAUCAAUGGCAGAAUGUAGUUACCCAGGAAUAGGAGCAGUUUCCACCAAUGUCCAGCUGCAUUUGAACUGGCGAUGCCAGUGUUUGACUACGUCAUAUGAUGGUGCAUCGUCACCAUAAACUUCUUUCAUCUCAUCAAAAGUCUCUUUUGGUUUAUGACCUUUCAAGUAUAAGAGCCUGAUCACUGAUCUGCAUUCGUCUGCCUCCAUUUAAUAAUACCUUAGUCCACUUCUGAAGCCGUAAAAGACAAACGAAUACUAGUGGAAAGCUGCAAUUUACAAUGCAACAUGUAGAAACAUGUAUAAUUAUACUUGGAACAAGUUCCGUUUCCUGCAAUAACUGGAAGUAAGUCGGGGGAAAUCUGGAAGUCUGGACCAAUCCAAACUCCAAGUAGCUUAACAGGACCUUUUGUCCAACACUCCACAACGUUAUUGGACGCCAUCGGCUUGAUCCUCCAGAUGCUGAGUUGCAAACUAACCAACCUGUCCUUGUUAACCUUUGCUCCUGCCACCGCCUCCUAACUUCUGGGUCCUUCCUGAUCAACAUCACCACCCCUCGUCUCGCAGACUUGGGAAUUCUCCCAUUCUGCUGCCAAUAGGUGUAGACAAUGGCCAACAGGUGCUCGAACAAGUCUGGCAUACUUUUAUAAAAUUCAUAGGGUAGACCAUCAAGACCCGGUGACUUCUCCCCGGGGCAUUUGCCUAGUACCUUGAUCACCUCCUCGGCUGUAAUUGGCCCUUCGCAGCACUCAGCAUCUCGGGCCACCGGACAGGAAGUCCCUAAGGGCCUCACCAUGAUCCAGCGUCCCACCCCUCCCAAAUAACUCAGUGAAGUACUUGUAAAGUGCCUCACACAUCAUGUCUUGUCCGUCGACUGAACUCCCAUUGUCAUCAACAAGAGACUUUAUUGUGACAUCAUUGCCACACUGGGUUUCUACCGUACGGGCCCAUCCGACAGCAUUAAUUCCCUCACGGCCCAAUAUGCGCACUUUAGCCCGGACUCUGCACCCCUCGUGUUUGGCUUUGAGGUGACGGUCCAAGGCCAUUCUCGCUGCCAGAAUGUGGGAUGUAGAGCCCAACCUCAAUGCCUCCUCUAAGUCCUUAACUAGCUGCCAUUCUAUUCUAGUCUUAGCUAGUGGCUCCCCUAAUGGGGAGGGGCACAAAAAUUAGUUGCAGGCUAAUGUCAAUGACAGGAUAUAAUGCAUGGCUGUCAUAACAUUUCAUAUGCCAUUAGCAUAGCAAUAAGGGUUUCAAAUUUUAGUACAAGGCCAGCACUUUGGGGGAGGGGGUAAGUCAAUUACAUCAACCCCAGUAUUCAACUGGUACUUGUUUUAUCAACCCCAAAAGAUGAAAGGCAAAGUCAACUUCAGUGGAAUUUGAACUCAGCAUUUUGACUGGUGUGCUAAUAAUUCUACCAGCUUUGCCACCUUUUAUGGCAAAGCAAUAUUGUCUGGAGAAAUUCCUCAUGUAAAUAUUUCUUUUCAUAUUAUAAACUAUUGUUUAUAUCCACCCAACCACGGAAGAUGAUAAUCAUAUUCUGAAAUGAACCAUGUCAAAGGAAAGGAAACCAUUCAACUACAAAAUGUUUUCUUGAAACAAACAAAAACAGAAAAAUUAUAAUUUGCAUAAUUUGGCAAUUUUAGAUGUUUUUACACUAUUUUGUUUUUUAAUCCAGUUCUGAGAUGAAAAUGGAAUCCAUUCUCAACCAGAAGACAAUAGAAACUGGCAUGGUUCUUCUUGCAAUUCUUCAAAGUAUUGAUGUUUAUAUAAAAGUUUCCUGUUUCCUUAAAUAGUUCUUUGUAUUUCUAUUGAGCUCUGCGACAUCUUUUGUACUGCAGAGACUGAGUAGCAGAGGGAAGACAAAGCAAUGCUUCUCACUAAAAUGGUCUGCUUUGCCACCGUCACAGGGGUCUUGUACACUCAUCAGACCAUAACAAAUUUCAAUCAUCCCAUUCUUGUUCUCAGGUAGUCGAAUGUCUUCCAUAGAAUCCAUGGUGCUUCUGAGUCAAGAGGGAAAUCAUUAGCAGGAGAGAUCUCCAUGUCAAUUGGAGAAGAGUUCUUCUUGAGUUUUUCCAUCCAGAGAUAUUGUUAGGUGUUAGGCAUGGCUGAGGUUGUUUUUUCCUUGGUUUCAAUCAUUGAACCAGGCAUUGAUGUCCAUGGAAGAGGUAGCAUUUAUCACUAGUAACUUUUGCUAUCUUGACUCAAGUAUAGUUCAACAAAUUGAGUCAUUCAUUUCACAUUUGUGACUCAGUCUCAGAUCAUGGUAUCUUAGGCUUUUGGUUGACUUCAAUAUUUUUAAAUAGAUUGGGUAAAUGUGACAAAUCCUGUCAAAUGGAUUGUAUCUGUAAUUCCUAGGUCACACUAUCUGUCUUUUUACUGACUCCAUGAGCCAUUAAGUCAACGCUUAUGUUUGGUUCUUGUGGCAUUAAGUGGAGGAGAGAGAAAUUUACCUCUUAAUAAGAUGCCAGUCUUUUACAGGUAACUUCCUUUCAGAUGGGAAUUAAACUUCACACUUGAAUGUACCUCCUCCUCCUCUUCAGUUUUAUUGUCUACAGUCUUAAAUUACACUAACCUGAUGACGCCUCUAUGCAGCCUCCUAAUCUUGAAAUAGUAACCAAAUUCCCACACAUUCCACCCUAUUGUGUUAAAGCAAGUAGAACCCAGUUGUAGUUUUAGCCAUAUAAAAUGACAGAAUGGGCAGAGCUGGAAUGCUUAUGAUCAUAGGUCUGUUUGAUCAGAGCUGACCUGGGGUUAAACAACAACCACUCACUCGUAGUUGGGAAACCUUAAAUGGGGAGGUCAAGUGUUUGAGCCAUCAAUGCAUGUGGUGGUUCUUGUUGCUGGACACAAACCACUGAUCCAUCUUUCAGUUGGUUUGUCCCAUCUCACUCUUUGACUUCUUCAAACAUUCAUCAUUUGUUCCAUAAAACAAUGUUUAGGACAAGAAACAAAGGACUCUGCUAUUGAUACAUGUUGUGUCCUUUGCUUGCAGUCCUCCAUGAAAGCACAUCUGGGCUUUUCAACAUGUUGCUUAAUCUUUAUAAAGAAAAGGAUAUUCAAACAGGGUUCAGUUGUUUCCAGUUCACUCAAUGUAACCAUGUUUGGGCUGUUUGUUGUCCAAUAGACUAAGGAAUUAAUACUUUACUUAGAAACGGGUGAGAGUUGGUGACAUGAAGAACAUUCCACCGCAUAAAAUCUGCCUCAACAAAUUCUGUCUGACCCAUGUAAGCAUAGAAAAGUGAGCAUUAAAACCAUCGUGAUAAUGGUUGUUAAAUUUUUACUCACUUAUUAAGUAUUCACUAUAAUCUACUGCAAAUUUCUAUUGUGCAGUUUAACUGGAUUUGGGCUUCCAACCACAGAAACCAAACCAACUGUAGUUCUCGAGGGGAUGGCGCUGUGAGGAUCCAUCCAUUCUAUAACAUGGAAUGUGGACAUAAGAUGAUUAUCUGAAUUGUUAAUGUCAGUCAUAAAUGUUGAGGUGACUAAAGGAUUUUUUAUCAGCUCUGUAGGCAAGAUCCUUUUAAACUCUCCCUAGCUCAGUCCAUCUUACCACAGAUAGGUGCCAUUUUGGUGGCUGAGUGGCUUUAAUCCUUGACUCUGUUAUGGAUCCAAUGUCCGUGUCCCUUUGUUGUGUAUUGUUUGUAUUUAUCCAGCUAUUUGAAGGAAUAACAACCAGACCAUCUGAGGAUGUUUCUUACAAUAGACUAUCAUCCUGAUCCGUAUUGGAGAUCCUUCGAUUGUUCUCUGCCAUUUAACACAUCCUACAUUUAACACAUGCAGAAUAAAUCUCCAACUUGUAAAUCCAUGCAAUCCAGGGAGUAAUUAAGUUGGUAAUUCAUAAAACCCACAAGAACUCAACUAUAGAACAUACAAAGUGCCUUUUAUUGUUGUCUCACAUGUUAUCCAGUUGAUGGGUGGGCAGUGUUAUAUUCCCUUAUUUAACCCUCUUUUCUACCAAAUUUCUAUUAAAAAAUGCUCCCUUUUUUGUUUCAGUAAAUUAUGAAAAUAAUGAAUUUAGUAAAAUAUUCUUGUCAGUAUUAAGCUGGGGUUUGGAAUAUGAAUUAAGCUUUUUUAUACCAACCUACAUGAAACUAACCCUAAUUCUAUGAUAUCAGUUUCUCAUCUUAAAAUGAUCCAAAUUUUCUCCUUCCAAUAAAAUUCCAUGUAGAGUUAUGUUCCAAACAUCAUCUUAAGGUCAAAGUUAACUUUGCUAUAUUCUUCAUUAUUUUUUGAAGUUAAUUGAAACAAAUUCAGUGUAUUUCAUCAGAAAUGGUUAACUGGAAGAUUUUGAGAUAAUUUUAAAAUAGGAAAUUUCUAUCCUAGAACCAGGGCUGUCUCAGGCAGGUUGAUAUUAAAAGGGUUAAUGGAUGUAUAUGUUUCUUUUUCUUUUUUUUGCAAAUUUCAAGAUGGAUUGAUUAUUCCUUAUUCAGAUAAUAUGUGGAAAGGAAAAAGCUUAGAGUGAAUUGCUUGAAGAAUUUUGGGUUGUUUGAUUUUUUUUACAUAAGAGAAUUGUUUCUUGUAUAGUUCUACAGUUCUUUUAUUUUUUCUUUUAAAUUCCUUUAUUAUAAACGUACAAUAAAAUGCUUAAUGACUUCUCAGUGCCAAUUAUUUUUUUCCUCUCCAAUUGUGAUACUUAAAUGCUUUCUUUUGAAACAAUUAUAUUUUUUUGAUAAUAAAAUGCAGUGAUAUCGUUUACAAUUAAUUAGAACAAUUUCAAAUUCUUCUUCAUAUAUUUCUAUUUUUUAUUUGUAAAAAUGAAUAAUAGAAAUAAUUAAAAGAAAAGUGUAAUUUUCUAUACUUUUGAAGUAAAAAUAA